ACAGAAGGUGUCUUUGUAUCGGACCCAGCAAAGACCUUGCUUCUUGUUUUACCCCUUCUCGUCCCUGAGCGAGCACUACGGUGGCUCAGAGGAAGGUUGGUCUGCUCACCCAAUCUGGCCUUACGAGCCUACAGUUCGAACUCACGGAUAGGUGUUGCUCGCAGACGAGCCAAUUUCCGACCACCUGCUCCACUCCCGGAGCACUUUGAUGCCAGACGUAGGGAUGAUGCAUUAGGAAACUGCUCAGACUCAAAAGAGUGUUGUACGACGGAAGGGUGUUGCCGAGCAGAGCAGUUCGUGAUCAGGCUCGCUGGCAUUCGAGUAGUGCUCACGCUAUAAGUGCAAAAGCUCCGAAUUUUGAUCUUCUCACCGAUGCUUGUUAACUCGUAGAGUGCGAUUUUAUGACAUUGCUUGAAUUUCAAGAAUUCUUAAACGGUCGAUGCGUGAGUUCGACCUUUGUGAAAUUCUCAGACCUCCAUCAAGUCGGGUGCAUUUGACGAGAGAAGAGACGUAGAACAAAAGCGUAGAAGAACAUUCGCCGGCCUCUGUAGUUUUCACUCAAUUUUUUCGAGCUGAUGGCUGAAUUUGCUGGAGGAGGAGGAGAUCGAUUGGGCAGAUACCCCGCUCCUGCCGGAGGCUUGUCCUUGCAGGCAUUCCACGUUUUUGGCAGAUUUGCUAGGCUCCUAUCAGUCUAUGGACUUUAUCAGUACCUUAUUGGUGCCAAAAUAUCUGUGGUUGUAUUCAUGUUUGGGAGUCUUUUGGGAUCAGCAGCAGUGUUUUUCGCCAUUCAAAAGCCCUGGAAGGGACGGCCUCUUUCUCGAUCUCAGAUUGUACCUACAGCUAUCAACGGAGGAGUAUUGGCGCUUUCGCUUGUAUUGUGGGGUAGGGGACUUCAAACUUGUGGUCCUGUGAGGACUAUUUUAGCUGAAUAUGUUGGAGCUGUUCUUGGUGCAAUUUCGACGUUGUUAUUUGGUCGAGGUGGCCAUGCUGCGAGAAAAGUUUGUGGUCUGAUAGCGAUGCUUGCCGCCUUCUAUUUUCUCUCUCAAGGAUGGGCUAUGGCAACCUACUCACCUUUUUCUCUUGAUCCCAGCGCAUCUACAGAUGAGACCAUGCAUGAGAAAGGUCACGUGGGUCUACACUCUAUGAUUGCUCCAAUAUUUUCUGGUCUCUUGGCAGCUCUCCGCAGAAUUAUUGCGCGUCGUGUGUCACUGAAGAGUCAGUCGAAGAAAAGGCUUCACGCAAUCACAGUGGCUUCAGCCACUUGUUUCCUAUUUCCCUUCGCCAUGACCACACUAGCCAUGAGUGAAGCUGGCAGCAGAUCCGACUAUCAUGGUUCGGCAGUCUGGCCAUAUCUCAGCAUGAUUUUUUUCGGCAUAGUGCUGAUGUACUACGUGGAUGCUCUUAUUGAGGACAGGUUACACAUUGUGCCUUCUUCGCCUCAACAUCUGGUAGUCAGCGCUGGGUGUAUCAUCGUCCUUGAGUUCCUCUACAGAAUGGACUUCUCUCCUUUGGGUUUCAUGUGGUGCUUGACAUGGUUAGGAUCAGGUAUAUAUGUUGCAACUACAGUUGAGAGUAGAUUUCGAAGAGAUUUAGACCCUGGAGAAGGCCAAGACUUUAUGAGAGAAAGUCGCUCUGAGCUUGCUCUUUCAUCGUUGCCGUCAUAGUCAGUUCUCAGGUCAGAGCAGGGCAUAUUUUAAGGAAUGAAGUCUGUAGUGAGGAUAUAACGAAUCAUUUCCUGUCCUGCACCAAAGUGUGUGACAUUUGCACAUAUAGAUUGGUGGAGAUCAUUGUUGCAGAAUUUUCACUAGAUGUUACUUUGCUUAUUCAUUCAUUAAGGGAAUGUACAAUCUUUUGGCUACACACUUCAUCCUGUACGUGAAUAAAAUAUACUUUCCGAUA